AUGGUCAGAUCAACGCAAAUUGCAAGAUUAGAUGGCCUUAUGUUGGCUGCCUCAGUCGACGAUGAGCAGGCUGAAUCGGAGCUCGCUGAGAUCAAGGGCCAGGCUAAAAUGAUCUUCCGCCGCUUGAAUCGCAAUUCAGCGCCUCAAGCCAGCAUUGAAUCCGGCCAAUACAAUCUCCACUACACUAUUCAAGACGACCUUUGUUUCCUCUGCAUUUGCGACAAAUCAUACCCCCGCAAGCUCGCCUUCACUUAUCUUGCUGAUCUGGCCACCGAAUUCACCACUACCUACAACUCCUCGCAAUACCUCUCCCCUACCCUCCGCCCGUACGCCUUUGUCGAAUUCGACACCUUCAUCCAGCGCACGAAGAAACUAUACCAAGAUGGCCGCGCAUCUCAGAACCUGGACAAAUUGAACGAUGAGCUCCGUGAUGUCACAAAGGUCAUGACGAAGAACAUCGAGGACCUUCUGUACCGCGGUGAUAGCUUGGAGCGCAUGGGCGAGUUGUCGGGAAGAUUGCGCGAGGACAGCAAGAAGUAUCGAAAGGCGGCUGUGCGUAUCAACUGGGAAUUGUUGUUGAAGCAGUACGGACCGUUUGCUGGUGUCGGGCUUGUCAUUUUCAUCCUUCUCUUCUGGCGAUUCUUCUGA